GCUGCGCCGCUUUCCGGCGGGUCCAUCCCUGUUGUUGUGGGUCGGAACAUCGAUGCUGCGGUUCGCCUGAACUCCUCGGGAUGUAGCCACUUUCUGGACUGACACCGAGCAGAACGGAACCGCAGGCUGCGCCGGUCCACACGGAACCGAGUCGGGGUGGAUUCAUGGCAACAAUGGAGCGGUUCGAGUUCGACAGGGUCGUUCUGGUGAAGCGGGUUCUGGACCUCGGUCCGGUCGUGGUGGCCAACAUGUCCGACAUUAACAAGGCCGGGCCACACGGCUGCGAUAACGGAGCUCUGACGGACCGGUUCGGGGUUCUGAUCCAGGCUCUGCUGGCCGUCGUGGCUUUCAGCACGCUGAUGUUGAAGCGUUUCCGGGAGCCAGCAGGCGUCAGGCGGCCCUGGAGGAUCUGGUUUUUCGACACGUCCAAGCAGGCCAUCGGCGCGCUCUUCAUCCACUUCGCCAACGUCUUCCUGUCCACGCUCACCAAAGAGGAUCCCUGCUCUCUGUACCUGAUGAACUUCCUGCUGGACGCGACACUGGGAAUGCUGGUGAUCUGGGCAGCCGUGAAACUGGUUUCCAGACUGGUGGAGAUCAAGCAGUGGAGUCUGCUUUCCUUUGGAGAAUACGGCGACCCUCCGCAGGCGGCGGCGUGGCUGGGUCAGGGCGGCGUCUACCUGCUCAUCAUGGUUCUGGAGAAAGGCGUGAUCAGCCUGGUUCUGCUCGUCCCCGGAUGGUCCAGACUGCAGGAGGUGCUGCUGAGCUACAUCGCUAACCCUCAGCUGGAGCUGGCGCUGGUCAUGCUUAUCGUGCCGUUCAUCGUUAAUGCCGUCAUGUUCUGGGUGGUGGACAGCCUGACCAUGAGGAAGUACAAGACCAUGACGGGCCUGGAGCACAGCGGGGACUCCAAGGAGAAGGCCGAGGCUCUGCCAGCAGGGGGCAGCAGCGAGGAGGCUCAGGUUCUGCUGGCUGAGAGCGACUCCAGCGAAGAAGAGGAGGAGGAUGAAGAGCAGCGGGUCCAUGUUCAGUACUCAGGCGGGCCGCUGAGACCCAGCUGGGUGGUGGUGUAGAAAUGGUCCAGUCAAAGCCUCAGCCUCAUCUUCAUCACUAGGCCUUCAACUUCUUGCCUUCCGGUGGAAGAAACUCUGAGAGGAAUCAGAGUGAUGAUGUCAUCAGAGUGAUGACAUCAUCAGAGUGAUGACAUCAUCAGAACUGUGACGGUUCUCUGUGGGGUCCAGAACCAGAACCUCAGGUUCUGCUCAUGCAGUAAAUCCGGAUCAGAAUGGUUCUGCAUUUCAGGAGGAAAAAUGAGUUUAUCAAAAAAUAAAGUUAUUAGAAAUGAGCAGCUGAUGAUCCUCAGACAGAGAUCCAUCUGAUUAUUAUUAACAGAAUUUAACCUCUGACCUUUGACCUGAUUAUUUUGCAUUCCUUCUGCCUUCAUUGUGAAGCUUUAAGCUGAGGCGGUUCUGUUUGGGUCAGAAGCAGAACCUCAGGCUGUCCAGAAACAAAUCCAUCUGCUCUGCUGCUCAGUGCACUGAAGUUUUUCCUUCCACCUGAUUUUCCACUGAAACAUUCUUUGGUUGGUAAAUCAUACAAAAUGUUAUAUGAAGAAUAAUGAUGUUUUUCUACAUAAUUAAAAACUAAUAUUUGGGUUAAAAAAUAAUUUCUUUAAUGAUUUUGGUAGAAUUCAUCUAGUCUUGAAUGAAUUGUUUAAAUGAUCGGAACUUCACAUAAAGGAAUGUUUCAUAAUCUGUGCAGUAAUAUAAUAAUCACGUUUAUUUGUAUUUGUUUACUGAGAAACUUCUAUUCUGGGAUCAAUACUUUAAUAAUCAUAUUUCUAUGUUGCUGUUUAUUCCUGAUUGUUUCAUGUUUUAUUUGUGCUUGAACGUAUUUUUAAUAAACCAAAGGAUGAAAGGUUCUGCUGGUUCUGGUCGGACCCAAAGUCCUGCUCUGCUCUGAACCGGAAUAAACAUGAUUAUUCUGAGACCAGA